CCUCACCUUGCCUCCCUUUCGAUAAUAUCUUUUUAUUUUUUAUUUUUUUAUUUUCUCUGAGUAGUAGUCCAUUUAAAAUCCCAUAGAUAUGGGAAGAGCAAUUUCCAUAGAUAUGGGAAGAACACCGUGUUGUGAGAAAGUUGGGGUCAAAAGAGGAAGAUGGACGGCUGAAGAAGAUGAAAUCUUGACCAACCACAUUAAAGCUCAUGGAGAAGGCUCUUGGAGAUCUUUACCCAAGAAUGCAGGAUUGCAGAGGUGUGGGAAGAGUUGCAGAUUGAGGUGGAUAAAUUAUCUAAGGGCUGACUUAAAGAGAGGGAACAUCACUUCUGAGGAGGAAGAAAUCAUUGUUAAGUUGCACACUGCUUUGGGUAAUAGGUGGUCAUUGAUUGCUGUUCAUUUACCAGGAAGAACAGACAAUGAGAUCAAAAACUACUGGAACUCUCAUUUGAGUCGAAAAAUCUACAGCUUUACCAAGAUGGGAAACGAAUAUCUACCCACCAUUCUGAAUGAUGAGAAGAAGAUAACUUCAUGCAACAAGCGUCGUAGAGACGCUCAAGCGAGCAGAUCUACCAUGAACAACAAGAGCAAGAACAACAAUUUAUUGGCCCCAUUUAACCCAAUAAAAUCAGAAGCAAAGCCUCAACUUGAAAAACCUAGUCUACCAACGGGCACCACUAUUAAUUUAGGGCAAGUGGGUGACGAGGACAGCAAAUUAAUGGUUUUUGAGUCUUGGGACCCAAGAAAGAAUGGAGAUGGUGGGGCAAUAGGAAUGUUGGGGAUGCAAAGUUCUCGUUUGGACAGUGCGGAAAUGAUUAACUUGAAUCCUUGUGGUGAGCAGAAAGGUGUACAAUUAUGCCUUGGGAAUAAAGAAAACAAUAUUACAACUAGUUCAACUGCAAUACGUGGUGAUAAUAGUGGUGAAAAGGAGGUUUUGGGGCCAUAUUGUGAAUGUGUAGACAUUAUGGGCCUUAAUAAUAAUAUUUUUGAAAGUGAGGGGAGAAAAAGUACAAGCAAUUGGAGCUCAUCAAAUGCAGCUGAGAGUGGCGGUGGUGGUGGAGAGUUGUUCUCUUUCUCUUCAUCAAUGAAUUCAGGCUUUGAUGAUGAAUGGCUUAACUGGGGUUGGGCAGGUGGUGGCCUUCAGUGUCACAAUGGUGAACUGGAAUGGUGGGAUGAAGGGGAGAGGAUAGCUUGGUUGUGGGAAAGUGGCAGUACUAGUGAAGGACACUAAUGUUGCUGCCGAUGCAAAAAAAGUGGACACACCAAAACUUAAUGAAUGAGUCUACAAUAUUCUUCCACAAACUAUCUAAUUUCUUUAUAAAAAACAAUAUAGAAAUUUACUGUGAGAGUUGAUUCUGUGACAGAAUUUGUAACUUGGUGUGGUUUUAUGCAAUUAAGAAAAGUAAUUAAGAUUGUACAAGAAUUAAUCCUUGUUAAAUUGUUCAAGGUGAGUUGGAAGUUAGAAGUACUAUAUAUGUAUAGCACUGUGAAGCACUUUGUAUGCAAGGGUUCACAGCUGCAUUGCUGAAAUCAUUUGCAGUAAUAAGACUUGUGAUCUUGUGUA